AUGAGAGCCACUACUUUUGAAUCGUGGAGUGGGGACCCGGGACAACGUUCAGUAGCCCGCCAUCUUAGCCUGUGACUGCCGAAACUAAGGGGACUCCCGUGUAUUUUACUGUAAUAUCAUUAUUUUGCUCCAAUAUAGUCGUUAAAACAUAGAGAACUGAUCAACUAUUAAGGAUGGAAAUGUAUUUUGGAGUUGGUGGGGAGUUGUUGACACCCCUGGAUGAAAUGCUGGAUGGAGAUAUCAAAUUAUCUUUGGAACUAGAUCUUGAGCUUAAAGAUCCCCUGGGUUCUGGGCUAGGAGGCGUAGAUGACUGGGGUGGUUGGGGCUCACUCAGAACAUCUCCUUCACUAGAUAUAUUUGGAGAGAAAGAAGCAUGUGUAAUGGUUUCUCCCGAAGCAGUAAUGCCGUUCAUCAAAAGAGAAAUUAAACAAGAACCUCCUCCUUCCAUAUCUGAUGUUGAACCAGAAGAACCUUCUUUGCUUCUUGAAUGUGAAGAUGAUAGUGGGAAUAUAGGUGUGAAUGAUGAUGAUGAAGAAGAAGAGGAAGUUGAAGAGGAGGAGGAUGUUGAGGAAGAGGACGAUGAUGAAGAAGAAGAAGAGGAAGUUGAAGAAGUAAAGAUUCAACCAAAAGAAAGGAAUUUGUGGAAUAGUAUUUUAACAAAACCUACUGUCGUAAAAAAUGAAAAUGUGGGUAUUAGUUACCAAGCAAGACCGAAGACUGAAGUUGUUGUUUCAAAAACACCAUCAACAAACAAUCAUCAUCAAACUGUUAGAGUGUUGCAUUCAACAAAAAGUAGAAGUGCUGAUUCUCCAAAUCCAAGGAGUUUAUUGGUGAAACGAUACAAAGAUCAUGAAGGUUAUCCUAAACCAGCAUAUUCAUAUUCUUGUCUUAUUGCAAUGGCUCUUAAAAAUUCCAUUACUGGAAGUCUUCCUGUGUCUGAAAUCUACAAUUUUAUGUGUGAGCAUUUUCCAUAUUUUAAGUCUGCCCCUGCCGGUUGGAAGAACUCUGUUAGGCAUAAUUUGUCUUUGAACAAAUGCUUUGAAAAGAUUGAAAAAGGGGGUGCCGGAGGAGGUUGUCGGAAAGGUUGCCUUUGGGCCAUGAAUCCUGCUAAAAUUGCCAAGAUGGACGAUGAAGUUGCAAAAUGGUCUAAGAAGGACCCAGCAGCCAUAAGGAGAUCCAUGAAGUAUCCUGAAGAGCUUGAGAAGCUAGAACGAGGAGACCUUAAAAUUGGUUUAAGGAGAGACAGCUAUGAUUCUGGUGCGGAAGAAGAUAGCGAUAGUGAUAGUGAAGGAGAGGAGGUACCCCCCUCGCUGAAGAGGUUUGAUUCAAGACUUUCUUCUCAAGAAUCCAAUGAUCUUGGUCUCCCUGACGAAAUGUACGAAGAACUCGGACUUUUAGAAGAAGUUAUGUCCUCUGAUACAGAGGGAGAACUUGGACCAAAUGUGAAGCGGGUGAGGUUAGGGUUGGAAAAUUACCAGAGGCAACCUGUGCGACCUGUUUAAGCAGUACGCAUAUUGCAAUAUGGAUCUCAUGUCCUUCAAGAGGAUUUGUGGUCACCAAUCCUGCCACAUUCCUCAUACUACAAAGUAUUGUUUAGUUUUAAUUUAAUUUAAUUUUUUUCAUUCUGUAAUUGUAUAUUAAAAUUGUUCCAUUAUCCUUUAUAGGUUUUCUAAUUAUUGUGUAAAAUUAUAACUUAAUGUAAACAAAAACAAAUUAAAAAAAAAAAAACAAGGAUAUUCAGUACUGUUACAAUUUAGUUAAUAUGGGUCUGGAAUUCCACUGAAACAGAAACAGAUGUUUAGUAUUUGCUGCGUUAAUGAACUUCCCUUUGAACUAAAUGAACAUUUUCUGUGUUUCAGAAGAAAUAAUGUAUUUUUGGAGAUGAAUGGUAAAUUUUAAAUUAUGGCUUUACUAUAAACCGUUUAUAUAUAUAUAAGCAAUACUCUGCUUAAGAACUUCAUUGGUAUAUAUGUAGACUGAUUAAAUUAAGUCAAUCUUAGUGCCUAAUUAGAAAUCUAAAUAAUUAUUUUAGUAUUUUAAUUAUCAAUGUUGACCUAGUCCCCAUAAUAUCUAUUAUUUCAUUUUAAUUCUAUUACUAAGUUAUUAUUAAAGUAACAGUAUGAUGAGAUUAUACCUUCAACUCUGAAAAUCCUUUUGAAAGACACAAAAUGUUCUACUUCAUAAAGACUGAUUAAUUAACUAAAGUCCCUGAAACUCACUUAAAUAAGAGAAUCUAUAAAGAACUUUUGGUUCCUUUAGCUUUUUCGUUGCUAUUUGUGUCCACAUCUGAUGUUGAACAUUUCAUUUCCAGGUUUCAUGUUUUCAUUGUUUUAUGAUAAUGGACAAUUUUUUUUCUUUUUAGGAUUUUGAUAUGUUUUCAUUUUAGGAUUUUUUCGAACUUGAUUUCUGUUACCUUGACAAAUGAUUGGUUGAGUGGUGGUUUAAGAGAGUCGAUCAUUUACUAAAGCAAUAUUUUUAAAUUUUACCAUUUAUAAAAUAUAAAAGGAAAAUGUGCACUUCUAAGGCAUAGAAUUCGCCUGCGGGUGAUAAACCUAAUGAUGUUUUAGCUUAGCUCUAACAAAUCAAAUCUAGCCUUUUAAGUCCACAUUGUAAGAUUUUUAGUGCAAUAUUUAUAUAUACUUUAGCAAUCAAGUAGAAUAAAUACAGAAAAAUUGUCUUUUAUGUAUAGAAACUUAUUGAAAUAUCUAUUUAUAUAAAUUAAAAUACUAUAUAUUGUAAUAUUGUUUAUUUAUUUGUUUUAUCUCGAUAAAAUGACCAAACUGUUUUGUAUUUUAGAAUUAGUUUUAUUUGGUUAUUUAUGUUAAUAUAUUAUCAGGAUGUCAGCUACCUUAAUUCAUGUAAUGUUCAUUAAGCUGUGGACACACUUGAUUACAAAAAAAUUAAAUAUAAAGUUUGUCAAAUCUAUUUUAACAUAUCUUUGGUUUUUUAAGUAUAAUUAUAUUACUGUUUAGUGGAGAAAAUAGUUGGUCUUAUUUUAGUAAUAGUGUUUUUAAGAUGUUAUCAGGCUUGUUCAAAGGUGGUAUGCCUAUUAUGAGUUCUAUCAGUGACAUACCCUUUUUGUGUAAAUUUUAACUGAAAAAAAAAAAUGAUUUAGAAGUGCAAAGUUCUUGUGCCUUCUCUCCAUUAUAACACCGUUAAGGACCAUUUUUUAUAAGGUUUUUGUAUAAACUCUGUAUCUCCCUUUAUUGUACAUGCAUUUUUUCCAUGGAAAAAGUUUUUAUAAAAACCCUUUGUAAAUAUAUCCAAAAAAAAAAAGAAAUAAUCUUUGGGCUAAAAGUUCUUGAAAACUGCUAACUAAAGAAAAUUAUUAUAUCCUUUUUUAUAUUUUUAUACUUUCCAAUUCAUGUUGCUAAUAGUACAGAAUAUGAAAUUAGGGGGUUUUUAUAUUCAUUAUGAAUGUAAUUUAGGGGGAAAAACAAAGCAAAUGUCAAUGUGUUUUAUACAGUGGGACUUGAUCCCAAGUCUUGUACCUCUGUCAACUGAUGAUUAUAUCAGUUGGCUCUUUUUGUAGUUUGUACUUGUAAAUAAACUUCUUUUUUUUAAUUAA